AGCCGUAAGAUGGGUUCGGCGACGCCGGCGCCGGCGCCGGCGAGGCGGGAGCACCACGCCGUGAUGAUCCCGUACCCGGUGCAGGGGCACGUCACGCCGAUGAUGAAGCUGGCCAAGCUGCUCCACGCGCGCGGCUUCCACGUCACCUUCGUCAACACCGAGUUCAACCGCCGCCGCCUGCUGGCGUCGCGGGGCGCCGCCGCGGUGGACGGCGUGCCCGCGUUCGACUUCGCCACCGUCCCCGACGGGCUGCCCCCGUCCGACGCCGACGCGACGCAGGACAUCGCCGCGCUCUGCCGCUCCACCAUGACCACCUGGCUGCCCCGCGUCGCCGCGCUGCUCGCCCGGCUCAACGACCCUGCCUCCGGCGUGCCGCCGGUCACGUGCGUCCUGGCGGACGCCGUCAUGUCGUUCGCCUACGACGCCGCGAGGGAGGUCGGCGUGCCGUGCGCGGCGGUGUGCAUGGCGGGCGCCUGCGGCCUCGUCGGGUUCAGCCACUACCGGCAGCUGGUGGACCGGGGCCUCGUGCCGCUCAGGGACGCGGCGCAGCUCACCGACGGGUACCUCGACACGGUGGUCGACGGCGCGCGCGGCAUGUGCGACAGCGUCCGGCUCCGCGACUUCCCAAGCUUCAUCCGCACCACGGACCGCGACGACGUCCUGCUCAACUUCCUCAUGCACGAGGUCGAGCGGCUCGCCCUCCCCGACGCCGUUGUCCUCAACACCUUCGACGACCUCGAGCGGCCGGCGCUCGACGCCAUUCGCGCCGCCAUCCUCCCGCCGGUCUACACCGUCGGGCCACUCCACCUCCACGUCCGCCGCGCCGUCCCCGAAGGCUCCCCGCUCGACGUGGCCAUCGGCUCCAACCUGUGGAAGGAGCAGGACGGCCUCCUCGAGUGGCUCGACGGCCGGCCGCCGCGCUCCGUCGUGUACGUCAACUACGGCAGCAUCACCGUGAUGACGAACGAGCAGCUGCUGGAGUUCGCGUGGGGCCUAGCCAACAGCGGCUACCCGUUCCUCUGGAACGUGCGGCCCGACCUCGUCAAGGGCGACGCGGCCGUGCUCCCGCCGGAGUUCCUCGCCGCCGUGGAGGGCCGCGGCCUGCUGACGACGUGGUGCCCGCAGGAGAAGGUGAUCGAGCACCCCGCCGUCGGGGUGUUCCUCACGCACUCCGGCUGGAACUCGACGCUGGAGAGUAUAAGCGGCGGCGUGCCGAUGCUGAGCUGGCCGUUCUUCGCCGACCAGCAGACCAACUGCCGGUACAAGCGCACGGAGUGGGGCGUCGGGAUGGAGAUCGGCGGCGAGGUGCGGCGCGGCGAGUUGGCGGCGACGAUACGGGAGGCGACGGAGGGGGAGAAGGGGCGGGAGAUGCGGCGGCGCGCGGCGGAGUGGAAGGAGAUGGCCGCGCGGGCGACGCUGCCAGGUGGGCCCGCGGAGACCAACCUGACGCGGCUCAUCGACGAGGUGCUGCUUAAGCGUCGGAAUAACAAGGGUUAAUUAAAGCCUCGACGCUCGUGACAGUGGAAUUUGAUAAAGAUGUUACU